AGAAGGAGCCAUUUUACAGUCAGCUCUGUGGAAUCGUUUUUUUAGGAAAAUCCCUGCGUUUUAAAACACAUUCCUAUUUUUGUACUGACUACAAUGAUGGAGCCUUUUUCUGACCAGAUUGUGAUGUUCAUGCUGGCUGCAAGCAUGAUGGAGGAAGAAAGUGCUGAUGAACAUCAGGAUCCAGGUCAGCAAAUGUCUGCAUUGGGUGAGCCAGUAUUGCGGGUUUCAUUUCCACGUCCACGCCAGUAUCGCACUAGGCGUGAACUGGAGGAUCUCUGCGAGUUCGAGGUGAUACAAAAUUAUCGCUUAUCGACUCGCAACAUAUAUUCGCUGUACGCUCUGUUGGAGGCCGACUUGGAACCUCGGGCACGGUCAAAUCGUGCAAUCAGCGGUUUUCAGAAACUGCUGGGGACGUUACAUUUUUUGGCGUCAGGCACAUUCCAGCCUACACUGUCUCAAACAUGCGGUUUUUCACAGUCGACACUGUCGCGCUGUAUAACCCAAGUCAUUAGGGCUUUCCGCAAAUUGACGAUCCAGUACAUCACUUUUCCAGAGACGGACAGCGAAUGUCGUGAGAUCAAAUUAGGCUUUUUCAACAAAUACAAAUUUCCCAAUGUGCUGGGCACGAUUGACUGUACCCACGUGCAGAUCAGACCGCCACGGAAUUCAGAGGAAUGUUUUCGGAACCGAAAACAGUUCCAUUCACUGAACGUGCAGGCGGUCUGUGAUGUAAACAUGAGAUUUUUGAACAUUUUUGUGGGAUUUCCUGGAUCAUCUCACGACUCCUUCAUCCUAAGCCAGUCAUCGCUGUUUGACAAGUUCGAAACAGGAAACAUGCCUGGUGGCUGGCUGUUAGGCGAUGCGGGUUAUCCAAACAAACCGUGGCUGUUGACCCCAUUGUCUAAUCCUGUUGGUAGAGCAGAAAAACGUUACCAAGAGAGACACAUUGCAUCGAGGCAAAUAAUUGAACGUGCCUUCGGUGUACUUAAAAGCCGGUUUCGAUGUUUAGACACUUCAGGCGGUGCUCUUUUGUACUCACCGUCGAAGGUUUGCGACAUGGUAAAUGCAUGUUGUAUUUUACACAACAUAUGUGUCGCAAACCGUUUGCCGGUGACUCUUCGUCGUAGUGCUUUCCUACGCGGGAACCGGUCUUCUGCUCUACCGGUGGGUAUGGGCGAAGGAGAGGAUUCCCGGCGGACAUUGAUCCAAAAUUUUUUUGCAGUUGCCUGUGAGUAUACUGACAACAUUUGUAUUAUCGUGUAAACUGCCAUUGGAAUUUUUUUUAAAAAACCUCUUCAUUUAUCUAUUACAGAGUUUUACAUCCUGUUGAUGUAUAUUCCCAGGCCGUGUUUAUACAGUUCGUUCCCCUCUGUUUUAUCCUGUUGUUGGGUUACCGCAAAUAUUUGACCCUUUUAUCCAACUCUACCAUGGGCGACCUACUGGUGAUGUGGACCUGACCCUCCGCCAUGUAGCAGACAACCACCUCAGGUCCUGCGGUGUAUCUUCCCAAGUGGCGUGGAUGUGAGGAGACACGACAUUUCACCCGAUGUUCCAUGGGCAACCUACUGGUGAUGUGGACCUGACCCUCCGCCAUGUAGCAGACAACCACCUCAGGUCCUGCGGUGUAUCUUCCCAAGUGGCGUGGAUGUGAGGAGACACGACAUUUCACCCGAUGUUCCAUGGGCGACCUACUGGUGAUGUGGACCUGACCCUCCGCCAUGUAGCAGACAACCACC